UUCCUCAAUAUGUUCCUAUAUAUCGCUUCCACUGGCCCUUGGUCUGAUUUUGAGUCUCUGCUCGGCCAGGUCUUCAUCCAUCUCUUCUGGCCGGAAGCCGGUAUGUUGGCACUAGGUAUGAUUUGCGCUGGUAUUACAUCCGUUCAUGUUGCCGCAAGCUCUCGGUAAAC